UGGUACCGAAAGAUGAAAGAAACAAAAGGAUUCUACGGCUAAGAAUCGACAAAAUGGUACAUAGAAGUAAAUAUUGACAAAAUAAUACUAUGGGUAAAAAAACAAAAUGGUACCAUUGAUAAAAAUGGACAAAACAGUACAGCGUCAAAAAAAGACAAAAUGGUACAAGACUUCUUUUUUUUACGGUUUUAUGCCCAAAAUUGCCUCAACAAAGGAUUUGCGCUAUUCCUCAGUUGUUGAGCAAACCGCUACAUAUCCCUAUUAAUCAACAAAAUCGAGAAGAGCCUUUAAAUUGAGUUAAUAAUCCUAAAUUUUUACAUAGACUACAGUAAUGUCGAAUACAGUCUAGGAUAGUAUAAAAGGCUAAAGUAUACCUUAAAACAACCUUUCUCUCAUCAAUCAACAAUGAAUCUUCUACCUGUCGAAUCAAAACUUGACAUCCUCAAAUGCCUCAACUUUUACCAAUUGAACAACUUUCAACUGUCAAAUCGUCAUUUUUGUGAAGUGAUUGUCAAAUACAACAGAGAAUUGGCUAGGAAAGUGUUUUGUUCUGUUGAAUUGGUUGCUAAUUAUGUUUGUAAAGAGUUGGAGUGUGCUCCUGAUGAGUUGGACUUGGCUUUAAGCGAAGGAGAUAAAUUAAAGUAUCAAGCAGCAAUUCAAGAACGGAUUCCUUUCUACCUUGAUCACAAAACCGAAUCUGACGCAGACGAUAAAACAAAUGAAAUUGGGAAUUUGCUGUUUGAAUCAGGAGAAACAAGUCAGCUUUAG